AACAUUCUUUAAUGUUAGGGCAUACAGCACAUGUAGUUGACAGCAACUUCUCUCUCUAAAAUUACAAUCCCUCCUUUCUCUCUUCUCUUUGGUUGUGUUGUGUGCAAGCAUUUCUUGACCGAGACGACGGGCUACAAGCUCGACUCAGGGAUGUGGCCAGUGAAGCAGAAGCCCUACUCAACGAUUUCCUGUCAAAACAAAUUCUAACACGGUUCAAGUCAGGUCGACGAUCCCAAGAUGUUCAGCUUCAAAGGCAUCAGGACAACAUUUCAGAUGUGUAUCAGAAGCUACAGAACGUAACAAAGGGAAUGGAUUCUAUUGUUGGGCAGGUGAUGAAGAGUAGUAAGGACAGUUCAGACCUGCUGAAACACAGAGAUUCCUCUGCAGCUAGUUCAUCAUCGGGGCUUCUUACGCCCACUGCUGGAGAACCUGUUGUGGUUGGUUUUGAGGACGACUUGACGGCAAUUAAGCAUCGCCUUUGUGGGCAAUCUUCCAAGCUCCAGCUUGUUCCCAUCUUUGGCAUGGGAGGUAUUGGUAAGACAACUCUCGCUAGAAAUGCUUAUGAUGAUCAGUUAAUUAUGGAGCACUUUCAGAUUCGUGCUUGGGUAAAAGUAUCACAAGAUUAUAGCAUACAAGAAAUUCUUUCAAACCUUUUAGUUUCUAUAAAACCGUCCAAUGGAAACCAAUGCGAUGAAUUUUUGGCGGAGAAUGUGUAUAAAGGUUUGAAGGGGAUGAGGUAUUUGAUUGUUAUAGAUGAUGUGUGGAGUACAAAAGCUUGGGAUGACAUAAAGAUGAUAUUUCCUGAUGAUAAUAAUGGAAGUAGGAUUAUUGUAACAACAAGACUAUUGGAUAUAGCUACUUAUGCCCAAUUUUCUAGUUCCAGCGCUCCUCACGAAAUGCAUUUCUUAGAUGAGGAUCAAAGUUGGAAUCUGCUUCGGCAAAUGGUGUUUAAACAAGAAGAUUGUCCUGUUGAAUUGGAGAAAAUUGGAAAGUUGAUAGCAAGAAGCUGUGGAGGACUCCCCCUUGCAAUCAUCGUGAUUGCAGGACUUCUGUCCACAGUUGGUAGAACUCAAGCAUCAUGGGAGGAUAUAGCUGAAAACGUAAAUGUAGCCGUUACAACUAAUUACGAGCAGUUUGCAAAGAUACUAUCUUUGAGUUACAUCCACUUGCCACAACAUUUGCGACCAUGUUUUCUAUACAUGGGAGGGUUUCCAGAAGACUAUGAGAUACAUGUCUGGAAACUCAUCAAAUUAUGGGUGGCUGAGGGUUUCAUUAAAUCAAGUGAAUCUAAAAGCUUUGAAGAGGAGGCAGAAGAAUAUUUGGAGGAUCUUGUCAAGAGAAGUCUUGUCUUAGUCACCAAGAGGAAAACUAAUGGCAAGAUAAAAGUUUGCGGUGUUCAUGAUCUCGUUCGGGAUUUGUGCAUAAGAAAAGCCCAGGAAGAGAAGUUUCUCCAUAGGUAUGUUGGCAAGAUGCUUUUCGAGAACAUGAAACACCAGCAUCGGAUAAGUAUUAUGCAUCUGAAUUUGAAUUCCCUUGAAAACAUAUAUAGCUCAACCAUCCAUACAAUUAUAUGCUUCCAGGCUAGCUAUAGGUCUCCAACUCAUCCAGAAUAUUGCUCUUUUCUGGGUAACUUCAGGAUGCUCAAGAUAUUGGAUAUGGUGAAUUCUGCCAGAGUACCUUUUUCCCCAGAAGUAUUUGAGCUAUUCCAUUUAAGAUACCUUGCUGUAGACUAUAGCAUAGAGAUUCCUGCAACUAUAUCAAACCUUCAGAAUCUUCAAACUUUAAUUGUUCAUCGAGGAAAGAUAUUCAAGAGCUACGAACCAAUGAUGAUAUUUUUGCCACCGAAGAUUUGGAUGAUUCCACAAUUAAGGCAUCUCGUCUCAUUCGUUUUUGGUCGCCUACCCGACCCAGAAAGAGCAAUUUCUCCUCUAGAAAACCUGCAAACACUUUCCGAAGUCAGAGAUUUUAGAUGUACUGAGAAGUUCCUGAAAAUGAUUCCGAACCUAAAGAAACUGAGCAUCUCUUAUUUUAGAGGCAAAAAUGAUCAAGAGUAUCAGCUCAACAAUCUCCUACAUUUUCAUCAACUUGAGAAAUUGAAAGUAAAGAUAUUUCCAACUUUUCUUUUUCGACGGAAGCUUAAUCUUGCUUUUCCUCCAUCAUUGAAAAAGUUGACGCUGAGUGGUUGGCAACGUCCUUGGGAAGAUAUGGGAAUCGUUAGUUUGUUACCUAACCUUGAAGUGCUUAAACUAAGAGAUUACGCGUUCCGUGGCUACAAGUGGGAAACAAGUGAAGAAGAAUUUCGUUGCCUGAAAUUUCUGCUUCUUGACAAGUCGGAUCUCCAACACUGGAUAACUGAAAGCAGCCAUUUCCCAAACCUCAAAUGCCUAGUGCUUUAUCGUUGUUGGUGUCUGAAAGAGAUUCCAGAUGGUUUUGGAGAAAUUCCUACACUUGAACUGAUUAAGGUCGAUGAUGGGAACAUAUCUCUUGUCGACUCAGCUAGGCAGAUCCAAGAGGUCCAACAAGGUUGGGGAAAUGAUGCCUUUCAAGUUCGUGUUGGUCGCUAUAACACGUUGACAGGGGACAUUAAGUGAUUGCUCUUUCAAACUGGAAAUCACGCGUCUGAUCAGUCUGUUUUUCAGUCGGCUCAUUCCUAAUUGAUGAUGGCUGAUAGUUCUGGCAAGAUGCCGAGCAGCCAAAAGUGGUGGUUUCUAGUUCAUUAUUUGCUUGUUGCUUUGGAGGAGAUGGAGAUGGAAGAGAUGAUGUUAUAUUAGGAGCCUUGUUUGGUAAAAGAGGCAGACUGUAGAGGUUGGGAUGUUAUUGUCAAUUACAGAUUGAUAUGUAUAGCAUAUAUUAUUACUAGCAACUAUCCGGUGCAGAAAGGUUUCCAUUAUGACUAAACUUCAAAGGCAAAUAAUAAAUUAUACACAAGAUUAUAAUUUUCCAUUAUUACUGACAAUUUCAUAAACAUUACACCAUCCCAAGGAGCAUAAGAUGAGAAAUAAAGUUCAACGCCAGAUAAUAUUAUCGUCACAAAAGAUGUUGCAACUUGAACUGAUAUUUGAAAGAGGAUUGUGAACAAUCGAUAAUUCCUUACAAGGGAUUCAAGGAUAAACCUCGAUAAGAGACCUUAGACCAAAUGCAGGUGUAAUCUUAUAGUUGGUGAAGCCAGCAUCAAAGAAGAGCUUUGCCCACUCUUUUUCAGUCCUUUCACGACCAGUGAGAUAAGGCAUCAACGCUAUGUCGAAGAAGAAACAAGUUUCCAUUUCUUUAUUGUCUCUUC